AUGUUACAUCCUUUCCCACCUUAUAUAUUAGCACCACUGGAUCCAAUGUUACACCAAGCCGAUGCACUUACAUCUAUAUAUCCGACAGCGAACACUGCUUCGAUGCUUAUGGUUUUUUUCCGCUGCGAGUCAUUGUUGCAUAAGCUGCGCACAUUGCGUCCACUCCAAGAAGCGGAUAGUGUUACGACCCCUGCCACGGGGCUCACGGCAACAUUUAAGUCAUUGCUUCGUUUUCAGAGCUCGUCGCAAGAAAAACGUGAUGCACAAAGCUUGUUUGGAGACAGGUUGCAAUAA